UUAUAAAUAACUCAGCUCUUGAUGUUUUAGAUCUUCCAUUUUAUAAAUUGUUUCGAUGAAAGUUAUAAGAAACAAUACAGCUAAAACCAAGCACACCCUAAGGCCGCACAGUAUGAAACACAGAGGCGCCGAAAACUGAGUCAGAGUAAUGUAAACAUGUAAUCGUACUAAAAAAACAAAAAACAGCUAUUUAAAUAAAUUAACAUAAUCAUCGUGCAAGUCGUAAUUGGAUUUUCUGAUACAAGAAAGUCACUUCAAAACACUUAGUUAAACAAGAGGAUAUUUGUCGUACAAAGUGGAACGUUCCGAAAAAAUUCGGUAAUUAUAUCAAGCUUAAAAAUCUUAAACAAAAUGCAACUUCCUUGUGUUUUAAUGUCAUUUGCCUUUGUAAUUGUUUGGGCGGAUAUAAUGACCUAUAUGAGGGUGGUUACCAAUACGAAUAGACACAUCGAGCAAGCUUAUGCGAAUUACAAUAAUUUAAGAGGAAAUGGAUUGGAACAUGUAAUUCGAAGAAUUGUCUGUGAAAAUGAAUAUACCUUUGACCAAAUGAAUUUUAUGAUCGCUGUGCCGGAGCGAGCAAAAUUUACCAACUUACCGGAAGCUGUAUUUACCCAAAUAGCUUUACAAGGAAAAAUAAGCUUUGAAUUGUCUAUUCGUGUACCUAAUGUUCCAAUGCACUAUUUUGGAAAUGUAAAUUUGACCGAACUUGGAAAUCUGAGAAGAGUUCUUACUAAAAAAGCUCUAAAUAAUAUAAUAAGGCGUGCAUUAAAUGUAAACGAAAAAGAUGUCACUUUAAGUCAGUUGUGUUAUUUCAUAGGAUUGUGGAUGAGUGCAAAAAUUCCAACAUUAUAUACAAAUUUUAUUGAUACUGACUCUGAUAAUAUCUGUAUCUUAAAGGAUGAAUCCGACCAUGUUAUAAAAUACAGAUCUAUUGGUGGAAUAUUUUAUCAAGUAGAUGUCGAUAACCUUGAUUAUAAAAUAAUAACACUUGAGGAACAGUUAUACUAAUUUGUACCAAGAAUUAAAUGUGUAUUUCUUCAAAAACUUAUACAGUACUACUGUUAUUAUAUUUAUUAAAGUAAAGUAGUUUUCGCAUAAUAUUACACUUUUACCCAAAUUGUCAAUUUAUUAAGUGUAUUUAUAAAUAAACUAUUUUGUUCACUUUGA